AUGAGUUUUGUAAAUGCUUCUGAAAAUUUAAUAAACAUAAAUUCACCUGAUAAUUCUAGAGCUACUCUUGUAUAGAAAAGACGUAAGAAUAUUGAAACAGAUUGGAAGAGUGCAUUUAUGCUAGAGACAAUACGAAAUAAGGCAGAGAAAAGAGAAGUGUUAGUUAAAUGUAUUAAUAGAAUGAGAUAAUCAACAUAAGUAAAAUUGUUUAGUAAUUAUAGGUGAAGCAAUAUCAUUCAUUGACAGAGAAACAAUUAAAUGUUAUAGAUGAUUUAGGAUCUGGGUAUUCUAAGGGGAUUAUUAAUAAAUAAGUAAAGAAGCAGGAAAAACAAUUUGAAUCAAUUUAUUAUGAAUCAAAGUUUUAGAUGGGCAAACUUAAAGGAGUGGUAUUAAAAUACAUAGAAAAACAUAACAUAAAUUAAGAAUGGUCAAUUAAACCAAGUCAUCCUUUUAUAAUUAUUUGGAAUAUGUUCAAAUUGUUUUUUAUGCUUCAUAUUUUUAUAUUGUUUCCCUUAAUAGAUGCUUUUGGAGUUAAAUUGGAUAACUUGAUAGUCUAGUAAUAUGAAAUUUUUCUGUUUGAAUGGAUAUUUCUAGUAUGUAUAAAAAAUAAAUACUUAGCUAUUCGAUAUCGUAUUAAGAUUUAAUGUACAGAUAUAUAAGAAUGGUUAAUUGAUGAAAAAUCAUUAAUAUUUAGCAUUAUAAUAUUUAAAGAGUGGAUUCUUUUUGGAUGCCUUGGGUAUUGUUGGAUUUUCAUUGUUUCUAUUUCAGGAUAUAUUAUACAUAAAAUACAUUUAUUUUUUCAAGAUAUCUGAAAUAAAGAAGUUCAUUAAAUUUUUGAGAUAUGAAUUAGAUCCAUAGAAUAAAUACAAAAACCAUAUAAAAUUAAUAACAUUAUUUGUUAUAAUUUUUUUAUUGGCUCAUAUAAUUGUAUUUAUUUAUAUAUAUAAAUAUAUAGGCAUGUUUAUGGAUAGUUGCUGGUCAUAAAGAACCUAGUUGGUUAAGUAUUAAUUAAUUAUAGGAUAAUGAAUGGUAUAUUUAAUAUUUAUGGGCAUUUUAUUUUGCAAUAUUGACAAUGACAACAGUAGGUUAUGGAGAUAUUGUACCAGUAAAUGAGAUUGAAUUAAUGGCUUGUAUAAUGAUUGUAUUGUUAUCAAGUGCUAUAUUUGCUUACACACUUAAUACAAUUACAACUGUACUCAAAGAUAUUGAUUAAAAUAAAAGUUAAUUUAAUCAAGAAGCAAGGAUUAUUCAAAAUUAUUUAGUUAAAAAAGGUUGUGAUACAGAUUUGCAAAGGAGAGUUCAAUAAUAUUUGAAAUCUCUUUGGAAAUGGGGUUUAGGAGAAUAGAAAUAAAAUGAAGAUAAGAUAUUCUCUAAAUUAAGUAUACAAUUGCAAUAGGAAAUCAAUUUAUAAGAUAAAGGAUAAAUGUUACUCAAAGUGCCUUUCUUAGUAAAUAAUUUUAAUAUUGAAUGUAUAAAAGAAUUAAUGUAAUACAUACAAGAGGUAUAUUACUAACCUGGUGAAUUCAUUAAUUUAUAGGAUGGAGUUUAUAUAUUAUAUAAAGGAUAAGCAGAAGUAUGUUGGGGAUCAAAAGCAUAUCCUAAACAUAUUUGCAAUAUAUUUUAAGGCGAUCAUUAUGGAUUACUCAAUUUAUUUAAUGUGAAUUAACCUAAAUAUUAUCUCAAAAGUUCAGAUUUCUCUAUUUUCUAUUUUAUACCUACUUAAAUAUUUAAAUAAGUCUUAAAAAAUAAUGAUAAAGAAGUUUUUUGUAUGAUUCAUGAUUAAGUCAUCUUUGAAAAUUAUUCAAAUCUCUAUCUCUUUUGUCCAUUAUGCAGACGUGAAGGUCAUCAUAUUUGUUAAGAUAUUAUAUAUAAACCUAAUAGAGCUAUUGCUAUUGCUAAAUCAAAUAAAUAUUCUAUUUAAAACAGAUAAAAAUUUAAACGCUUAUACGUUAAACAAUAAAUUUUAAGAAAUUUUAAAGAAAUAUAAAUAGAAACUUGUUAAUUUAUUAAUGAUAAACGAGAGAUCAUGAAAAUUAAAUAUAAAUCCAUAUUAGAUUCUGAUGAUUAAGAUGAUGAUCCUGAAAGUUUGGAAUUAUAAUCCAAUUCUUAAUCUUGGUAAUUUGAUUCUGUAUAAAUGGAUGAAUAAAAAUUAUCUAAUCCUCUUGAUGAAAAUCAAUUCAAACCUAAAAUCACUCAAUAAAAAAGAUAAAUUCCUAAUAAAAGAUAAACCAUUAUUGGAUAUUCAAGAAAGCAUACAUCUGAUUUGAUUUAAAUUAAUUUAUAAUAAAUUCAAGAAGUAGAUAAUCCUCAAUAAAAUAUUAAUUAGAAUAAUAUUGAAAAUUGUACUCCUAAAUCAAAAGAAAAAUUCUAAAAUAUUGAUGUCAUGUAAACCUUUACUAAAUAUUUCAAAUAAUAUAAUCAUGAAAACAUUAUCAGAAAACUUAAUUAAAAAAGAAAAACUGUAAAGAAAAAGAUGAAAAGAUUGUCUAGAUUCUCAUGA